AUGGGAAUUUGGUCAUUGCAAUGUGUAAUUAUUGUAACGUUGUUGCUUUUGUCGAUCCUACAAGAGACAUUGGGGCUUAGGUUUGCAAUUAACAAAGAAGAAUGUUUCUCUUAUGAUGUUCUAUACGAAGGCGACACAGUUCAUGUUUCUUUUGUUGUCAUUAGGGCUGAAACAUCGUGGCAUUAUGAUGAUGAAGUUGUUGAUCUUGUGAUAAAGGGGCCUUCUGGUGAGCAGAUUCACGAUUUCCGGGACAAGGCGAGUGAGAAGUAUGAAUUUGUGGUUCACAAGAAAGGCCUCCACUAUUUCUGCUUCACUAACAAGUCUCCUUUUCAAGAAACCCUAGACUUUGACGUGCAUAUUGGCCAUUUUGCAUACUUUGAUGUGCACGCAAAGGAUGAACAUUUCAACCCUUUGUUGGAAGAGAUCACAAAGUUAGAGGAAGCUCUUUACAACAUCCAGUUUGAACAGCAUUGGAUAGAGGCUCAGACUGACCGCCAGGCAAUAGUGAAUGAAGCAAUGAGUCAGAGAGCCAUCCACAAGGCAAUGUGUGAAUCAGCAGUACUCAUCGGAGCUAGUGUCCUCCAAGUCUACCUACUGAAACGCCUCUUUGAAAGAAAGCUUGGGACAUCCAGAGUUUAGAUUCUUUUGCU